AUGUGGGCUCAAUUACGUGUGUUGUUUGACCGACUCAAGAAUAUGUGGUUUGAAAUGUGGUCUGAAUUUUGGUCUAGUGAAAUGUGGUUUAACUUACGUCUUUAUUAUUUUAGAUCAAUAGAGGAUAUAUUUGGAGAAUGGUCAAUAAACGUUAUCAAUGAUCUUGGCUGGCUUACACUAUUUUACUUAAAAUUUGUAAGGCCGUUUAUCAUCGGUGUUUGGAGAAUUAAAACUAUGAUUUGGUUUCCAAUAAGAUAUUAUAUUGAUGGUCUUGAUUUGAGUUUAAAAGUUGAAUUAUUUUGGAAUCUUAUGUUUAUGGAAUUAGUUAAGCUCACGGGAGAUGAUAAUUUCAACUUAGAAUUUAGACCUGGAAAUGAAGUUAAUACCAAUACUAAUACUGUUGAUGCCUUCCCUAUGGAGAUAUGGUAUGAAAUUUCCAAACAUAUGAAUCCUGGUAAAUUGAUUAGAAUUAAUAAGAAAUUUUGUGAUUUAUUCUGCCCAUUAAUAUAUAAAGAUCUUCAAUUGGUUUUGGUCUUAGGUGAUGUUGAUAAAUUAAAAAUGAAUGAUUCCUGUUAUAUGAAAUAUGGACCUGAUUUUUAUGAUCAUAAAGUAGAUGAUUACGAGAUUUUUAAAAGAUCUCGGAAAGUUAAAGAAGAAGAUUUUGAAUAUGAGGCUCUUGAUGUUUGUUUAAGAGAUCAAGGUGCACCUGCUGGUUAUGAUUUCAAAGUUAUUUAUAAGUAUAAAGAUAUUAAAAACAUUAUAUUUCAUAUUAUCAACAACCCGAAUUCAUAUAUGAAGAGAUAUAUUACAAAAAUUAGCUUUGAUUUACCAGUUCUAAUACAUUUGUUUUCAAAAUUAUUUAGAGAUGAUUAUCCUGAUCCUAAUGGUUCAGCUAUAUUGAAAAAUGAAAUCAAUGAAAUUUCCAAAGAUCCUUCAAUUCAUUUUAAAAUUAUAAAUGGUAGUUUUCCGAGGUUCCCACUUCAUUCAAUGAUUUUCUGUGAUUGUUUUACAAAAGAUCGUUGGCAAUAUCCAAAUGGUACACCCUUUAAUAUAGAUUAUAAUAAUCCAAAUUUAAUUGAUCCUGAAAUAGCUAAAAGCAUUUAUCCUGAAAAUGUCUAUUUCAGGGAAUUAUUUACAACUAGUUUAAUUCACAUUGAGUUGAAUGAUAAUAGAUUAGGAAUUGAAAGAAGAAAAAUUGGCAGAUUGGAAACAAAAUGA